CACUAACCGCGAUCACACCACCUCUACUAUCCACUUUGUACUAAAAUCGCGGAAGCUUUGACACUCCGUCAGAUUAAACUCGCUUCGCUCUGCGUUCGGUGUGCCCGGUGUGCGAUCGUUUGUUAGCUGGGCGAAUGCUCGCCGACAGCGUUUUCUUCAAUCAACAUUAAUGAACAUAUAAACAAAAUGGCACGGCACCUGUCUGAGUUCGUGGAUAUUCUAGAACCUCGACGGAAUGAGUUCAGCAACUUCAUGUGGGCAUCCAGGGAGGUGAAUUUGUUAUUGCCCAACCGGCAAAUCAAGCCCGUUGCACCAGACUCGCAUAAAGUGAAUGUUUUUAACAGUCCCAGGAUACAAUUACUUAUUGAAAGGAUUGCUCAAGAGCAAGGGGUAUCAAAAGCUCAUGUGGAGGACCAAGUAAGAUUGAUCCUGGAUGAAAUUGGCUUCAAGAUGAGUUUGACGCUUAUUCGGUGGUUGGGAAUCUUCUUGGCGAAGUUUACUUGCCGGGCAUGUAGCAGUAUUUAUGUUAAUCAAGAAAGUUUAAACCGGGUAAAAUCACAAUUGGGAAAUACACCAACGGUGUUUGUGCCCAGUCAUCGGAGCUAUGCCGAUUUUAUCUUAAUGUCCUACGUUCUGUUCUCAUUCGACAUGGAGAUACCUGCAAUCGCCGCAGGAAUGGAUUUUCACGGUAUGCUUGGAAUGGCCACGGUUCUGAGGAAUACCGGUGCAUUUUUUAUGCGCCGCAUUUACAAUAACGACGUCCUCUAUUGGGAUACGUUUCGACAAUACGUCCACGAUCUGGUCACGCACGGAGAUUCGGGCAUCGAGUUUUUUAUCGAAGGCACCAGGAGUCGAAGUUGCAAGUCUUUACCACCUAAAUACGGUUUACUAUUCAUGAUUUUGCGUGCCUUUAUAACUGGUGAAGUACCUGAUAUCCUAUUUGUUCCGAUAAACAUAAGUUACGACCGCGUCAUGGAAGAGAAACUAUUCGCGUUUGAAUUAUUGGGAGUGCCUAAACCCAAAGAGAGCACCUCGGGAUUUUUCAAAGCGUUGACGAUCGUGAAUGAAAACUUUGGCAAUAUUUACUUUGAGUUUGGCGAUCCCAUCUCUGUAAAACAAUUCCUGGGUAGCAAAUUAAAACGAUUACAGCAUGGUAUGCGACCGGUGCACUCACAAGAACUUCUCGACGAAGAGAAAGCAGAAAUCACUCAUCUUGCCGAAAAUAUUGUUCAUUGCCAGCAGAAACUCGCUGUAAUUACAACGUUUAAUUUGAUUGCAGUCGUUUUAACGAAUAGCUUAACAAUGAAUCAGAACAUCAUGCGAUUUGAACAAUUAGUAGUGGAAACGAUGUGGUUAAAGAGCAUCCUGGCGAUGUGUGGUGCUGUGGUUGAUUUCGACUACGCUAGAAAGAAUAUUAAAGCUGCUUUGGACGUGCAUAAGAAUUUGAUUCACAUGGAUGCUGAUUCGAAUAUUACCCUCGUACAGAAUGCUAUUGUGUUGUCGGGAUUGAAGGAAUCCAAAGCGAAGUUAAAAGGACACGACCUCAGCGAGAACACGAUGACAGUAGCGGUGCCAUUUGUCAUGUUGCAGAUUUAUGUGAAUCCAACAUUACAUUAUUUAAUUAAUCAUUCCAUGGUGGUGGCCAUUAUUACUAAUGCCAGCGAACCGAUUGUUGAGGAAAACCUAUUUGAAGAGUUUAAAUUUUUACGGACACUCUUUGCAAAUGAUUUCUUCAAUUUAAAUCAACAUUUACACAUUGAUUUACUGGGGAGUCUAAAAAUACUGAAAGAUUUGAACGCGAUAAAAGAGGAGGCUGGUGUUUAUGUGAUAUCAGAUAACAAAAAAGUGCUCCAGUUGCUUACUCACUUGUUAGAACCAUUUUUAUACUCUUAUUUUGUUAUCUGUAGCCUCCUCAACAAUUUAAGUUCACCGACGUUCGAAGAAAAAGCCAUUCUUGCAAAAAUCCAAGAAAAACUUGAAGAAAUGAUCAAUUCCAGAGAGGAAUUUGUUCAUCCAUACGUUUUGAGUUUAGAUUCAAUUUCCAUGUGCUUGUUAAGUCUAGUCAACCUCUCAGUACUUAAAAAGAGUCGAGUAAGCGGUGCAUACAAAUACGAAAUCAACUCCGACGCGUUGUUUGGAUUGACUACCCAGAUAAAAAAAUACGUGCAACAUAAAAAGACGUUAAGGGCUCAAAUUACAUCCGUACUUAAAAACAAAUUAUAAAAUUUGGUAUUUUAUAGGUAAGCUAUUUAUUUAUUUGGUGUGAGUCUAAUCAUGAAAAGAUAGUACAAUAUUCUGGUCGUAUGUUUAGUCAUUUUUAAGAUAAGUAAUACCAAUGAUUGUGUUAUUGUUUGAUUUUUGAUGUUAUUUUUACCUGUUUGUUAUGUAAUUUAUUUUUUCGUUUUUUUAAACUUGAAACAUUGAUUUGUUGAUGGCGGAAA